AUGGCUGGAAUCACACAGUCGCAAAAGCAAGCGCUAACUGACAACUUGCAACUCGAGAUCACCGAGCGAGCCCGCAAGCUCAGGGCGCAGUAUGCGUUGCAGGCCCAAGGACUCCGCACGCGUUUAGAGAUGCGCGUCAACAGAAUUCCACAAGCCCUGAGGAAGAGAAACAUUCAAGAGGUAUUGGACGAGCAUGCUUCAAAGUCCAGACCUGCACCACCACCUCCCAUGCCAGUCGCCUCUAAGGCACAUCAAUCACACACGGCCCAACAAGCGCAGACAGCGCCAGCUCAAAAGACACAGCCUUCGAAGAAGAGAAAGAGCGAUGAGAUCUCGACCGGCGACGACAAGGAAAACAUACCGUCAAACCCAGCGUCAGAGCUUGCAAACCCAAAGAAACGCACCAAGACAACAGGAGCAGUCGCCAACUCGAAAGCGACUCGCACCGCAUCCCGCAAGGCCGGACCUGCCCGCGUUCUGUCUCCAAAAUCCCACAACUCUCGGACCUUACCCCAAUCGCCAAUCAAGCCCUCCACGCUAUCACCAGAGAAAGCCCUACCUGCACAACCCCAACUCUCUGCACAGCCGGCACCAGCUAAACGCUCGACACGCGCACCGAGUCGACAGACGAAACGUGCUGGGGCGGCCACUGACGGCACGGAGGGCAGGACCAGCGAAGCCAGCAACUCAAGUGCCGGCACCACCAUCAUCACGAAGUCAGGAAAGAGAAAGCAGCCACCCGCGCCCAAGAAGACGACUACCGCGAAAGCCGCUCCGACAGGAAAGAAGCCUGCGGCUGUCAAGCAAGAUGUGCCUGGACGCACUCUGCGUAAGAGGAAUCCAUAA